GAGGUAAUUAGGUUUAUGUUUCCAGUGGAGCUGCCAUGCUGAUGCUAAGAGGCAGGGUAUUGAUCUGUACUGACUGAGAGGGGUGGAACCCUGCUGUCCCAGGCUGCUGCUUAGCACGGUCUGUCCAGCCCAGACUAGAGAAAGAAAGAGGAGUCUUAUUGCUUCGGGCAAACGCAUCCUUCAAGCUUUCUGCAGGGAUAUUUGUGCUUUUACAGCAUCGUCGCUGGCUCGGACCCGAGUCUCCCUGUUAGGAUGGCCUCCGAGGAGCAGCUCAACGGGGGCAGCCAGUCUGACAGCCGGCUCCAGAGCAGGAAACCGCCCAGCCUCGUCAUCAACAUCCCCCCACCAGAGGAGGACAAGGGGGGGAGCAGCAGCAAGCUACUCCGACCAUCUCUGAAGAAGAGUGGAAGCCGCCGUGGGUCGAGCGAGGGGCAGUCUGACAGCGACGCCCAGGAGAGACGCAGUGCGUUUCAGAGACAGGGCUCCCUCUCACAGAGCAUCCGCAGGGGCGCUGCGCAGUGGUUCGGAGUGGGCAGCGACUGUGAGAGCAAGCAGCAGGAGUGGCAGCGCAAGAGUGUGCGGCACUGCAGCCAGCGCUAUGGGAAACUCAAAGCACAGUACAGGGACCUGGAGCUACCCAGCCAGGACGGGCAGGAGUCCCCUGCACCCUGCAAGCUGCCAAAGAUUGUCGACCCUCUGGCUCGCGGGCGUGCGUUCCGGUACCCUGAUGAAACGGAUCAGCCGCGGACCCCCCACCACACCCAGCCUCCUCAGACCCCGGGCGUGACGUCGCUCAGCUCCUUCACCAGCGUGCGCUCCGGCUACGCCCGCCUGCCGGCCAGGAAGAGGGAGUCCGUGGCGCAAAUGAGCUUCCGCGCCGCCGCCUCCAUCUUCAAGGGACGCCCCGUGCUGUCCAGCUCGCUGCCCAAGAGGAGCCUCCCCCGAUGCAGCUUCGCUCGGCCCAGCUGGCUGGAGGAGGACGGCGUGGACGCAGCAGACACUUUUGACUCCUCCUUUUUUAGUAAGAUGGACAUGCACGAGGAGAUGUGCUCGAUGGCAGACGAUGUGUUCGAAUCCCCCCCGCUCUCAGCCAGCUACGCCUCCCCUCACCCAGCGCCCUUCGGAGGAGACAUGCAGCCAGGGGAGAGCCUGCAGCCCAGCCUUAAGGACGCGUCGAAGUCCCCCACUGUGGGAGGACCCCCACCUCGCAGGGGCCGGCGCAUCGCCUCGCAGGUGAAGCACUUUGCCUUUGACAAGAAGAGGCGUCAGUACGGGCUGGGGGUGGUGGGGAAGUGGAUGAACCGCACGUACCGUCGCAGCCUGAGCAGCACUGUGCAGAAACAGCUGGAGGACUUCAACAGCCACAGGCCCUACUUCACCUACUGGAUCACGUUCGUUCACAUCCUCGUUACUCUGCUGGCCAUCGGCACCUACGGCAUCGCCCCCGUGGGAUUCGCGCAGCAUGUGUCCUCUGAUCUGGUCCUCCGAAACAAAGGGGUGUACGAAAGUGUGAAAUACAUACAGCAGGAGAACUUCUGGAUAGGACCCAGUUCAGACUCACUGAUCCACCUGGGUGCUAAGUUCUCCCCGUGUAUCCGACGUGACGAGCAGAUCGCUGCGCUCAUCGAGAAGGCAAAGGAGAGGGAGAGGGGAUCGGGCUGCUGUGUCCAGAACGACAACUCAGGCUGCGUGCAGACCCUGCCUGACGACUGCUCGGAGACUCUCGCUAGCUUUGAGAAGUGGACUGAGAAGACUGGCCCCCCGAUGGAGGGUGCUGAAGGAGUGAGGUCAUCAGGAGCGGUGUGUCACCAGGACCCCCGGACCUGUGAAGAGCCUGCUUCGGCCGUGCCUCACAUCUGGCCGGACGACAUCACGAGGUGGCCGAUCUGCACCUAUCAGGGCAAGAACAACCACACAGGCCUGAAGCACAUGGACUGUGCCAUCAAGGGCAGACCCUGCUGCAUCGGGACCAAGGGAAGGUGUGACAUCACCACUCGUGAAUACUGCACCUUCGUGCAGGGAUACUUCCAUGAGGAGGCCACACUCUGCUCACAGGUGCACUGUCUGGACAAGGUGUGUGGUCUGCUGCCCUUUCUGAACCCAGACUUUCCAGACCAGUUCUACAGACUGUGGCUCUCCUUGUUUCUGCAUGCUGGGGUUAUCCACCUCGUGGUGUCAGUGGUCUUCCAGAUGACGGUGCUGAGGGACCUGGAGAAGCUGGCAGGCUGGCUGCGCAUCUCCAUCAUCUACAUCCUGAGCGGCAUCACCGGGAACCUGGCCAGCGCGCUGUUCCUGCCCUACCGAGCUGAGGUGGGGCCGGCAGGCUCCCAGUUCGGCUUGCUCGCGUGCCUGUUUGUGGAGCUGAUCCAGGGCUGGCAGAUCCUGGAGAAGCCGUGGAAGGCGUUCUGCAAGCUGCUGGGCGUGGUGCUCUUCUUGUUCCUGUGCGGGCUGCUGCCCUGGAUUGACAACAUCGCACACAUCUUCGGCUUCCUGAGCGGGCUGCUGCUGUCCUUCGCCUUCCUGCCCUACAUCACCUUCGGCACGUCGGACAAGUACCGCAAGCGCGUCCUCAUCCUGCUCACCCUGCUCGCCUUCCUGGGGCUCUUCUCCUCGCUCAUCGUCUGGUUCUACAUCCACCCCAUCCACUGGCACUGGCUGGAGCACCUCACCUGCCUGCCCUUCACCAGCAAGUUCUGUGAGAAGUACGACAUCGACCACGUGCUGCACUAGCCUCCCUCCGGCCGUGCAGUCCAGGGGGGCUCCCCAAGCGAGCGGGGGGGCAGCGGUGUGGAUGUGCAGGGGGGCUGCUCACAGAGAGGCUGGCUCACUCAGACAACACUGUGUGCUGUUUACUACAGACUUUAAAUUUACAGAGAGAGAGAGAGAGAGAGAGAGAGAGAGAGAGAGAUGGGAAGGAACGCUACAAUACAAAACACUAUGCACUUUUAUAUAGUGCCUUGCAUGUCCGGCAGAGGUGCUUCUGUGCUGAAGUGUGGAGUGUGUCAGGAAGGUGCUUCUGUGCUGAAGUGUGCAGUGUGUCAGGAAGGUGCUUCUGUGCUGAAGUGUGGAGUGUGUCAGGAAGGUGCUUCUGUGCUGAAGUGUGGAGUGUGUCAGGAAGGUGCUUCUGUGCUGAAGUGUGGAGUGUGUCAGGAAGGUGCUUCUGUGCUUCUGUGUGGAGUGUGUCAUGAAGGUGCUUCUGUGCUGAAGUGUGGAGUGUGUCAGGAAGGUGCUUCUGUGCUUCUGUGUGGAGUGUGUCAGGAAGGUGCUUCUGUGCUGAAGUGUGGAGUGUGUCAGGAAGGUGCUUCUGUGCUGAAGUGUGCAGUGUGUCAGGAAGGUGCUUCUGUGCUGAAGUGUGCAGUGUGUCAGGAAGGUGCUUCUGUGCUGAAGUGUGGAGUGUGUCAGGAAGGUGCUUCUGUGCUGAAGUGUGCAGUGUGUCAGGAAGGUGCUUCUGUGCUGAAGUGUGCAGUGUGUCAGGAAGGUGCUUCUGUGCUGAAGUGUGGAGUGUGUCAGGAAGGUGCUUCUGUGCUGAAGUGUGCAGUGUGUCAGGAAGGUGCUUCUGUGCUGAAGUGUGCAGUGUGUCAGGAAGGUGCUUCUGUGCUGAAGUGUGCAGUGUGUCAGGAAGGUGCUUCUGUGCUGAAGUGUGCAGUGUGUCAGGAAGGUGCUUCUGUGCUGAAGUGUGCAGUGUGUCAGGAAGCUGCUCUCUCACACAGCCUGGGCUGAGCCGCUCACUACACACUUUUGUACAUGAAGUAAAACUGCUUUGAGGGUCCAGGGGAGCGAGGAGACAUUUCCGUGGGGACAGUAAGCAGGACUAGCCCCUGGGAGCUGCCUUGCAUGUCACCAGGGAACAGGACUCCAGGAUUAUGGGUCUUUUGACUUUUUUAAAACUACGAUUCAUGAGCUUCUGAGAAUUCGAUACGGAUUUGAAAAGAAAGAAAGGUGCUUUUCCUUCGAUGGCAUUGAGUUACGACCAAGACUAAGAAUAAAGGGCUGUAUGUGUAAUACACAGGGUAUGCUAGCUGUGUUCUGCUACUUCUGGUCAGUGUGCGGUGUUGACUAAUCACCCAGUACUGAUGAAGACCUUUAUUUUUUAUUUUUAUACAUAUACAGUAUAUAUUGGGAAUAUUUGGAUACCUGUAUUGUCAAUAACAGUAAUUGCAGAAUUGUUUCAAACCACAUUAUCAGGUAUGAGAAGUUUCUCAAACUUUCGAAAUCCUGCAUGGAAGUAGUUCCGGUGAGUGUGAUUAGGGUCACUGGGGAAGCCUGGCAUCGGUCGGAAGGCUGUGCAGCUGGAAGCCUUGUGUUUCCAAGCCUGGGUUAUGGAAUUCGCUCUCUUCCUCGAGUGGAUGAGAAGUGUGUGCCCAGGCUGGUCUCUCCGUGGCACUGCCAUACAGACUGUCAGGGGUGUUUGGAGGAUUAGGGAACUGAGUGAAACCAGUUUCUGUCACUGGCUUAAAGCUAUACAAGGUGACUGAGAAAUGGAUUAAGCCUUAAUCGAGGGAGAUUGACUUUGUAGGGCGUUGAUUAGUCAUUCCCUCCUCAUAGCUCUGUAUCAACCCAGGCACAUACAGUACUGCACGGGGAGAUUAAGUUGCAUUCCGUGAUACGAUGUUCUAGUUUGAUAGAUUGUUGUUACUUUGUUUAAUGCUGUGAGACGACCGUCAGGACUGACAGAGCUGUAUCAUUCUGGUUGAUCUCAAUGAACCAGUUAAAGCACAGCCAGCCUGGUGUACUUUUUUUAAACUUUACCUUCAUCUUCUAUAAAACCACUGGGUGCUGCCAUUCAGAAACUGUAUGGCUGAGUGUUCAGUCUUGUACAAUUCCUGUUUUCUUACUGAGAAUCUGUGUUUUGGUUUUCUCUUGUCCUCACAUUUAAUAACCUGCACUGUGAUAACCUGUGUAAAUCCUACAAACUGUAUGUGUGAGCGAGUAUGAAUAACUCCAUUAGUUACUGUACAUGCAGCAUCAGACACAUGUUUGUGUUAUUUAUUUAACAGAAAAAAACAUUUUAAUUAAAAAAACAUUUAGAUCA